GCACAGGCAGCAGCAGUGCUUGCCUUGGCAUUGUUGAAGUAGUUUCUCUUGCCGAUGGGGUCUGCGCAGCCGGGGUGGAGAUCGGAGAAUGAAUCGGUUCCUCUUGCAAGGGGAAAGUCGGUGGCGUGUGGGUCGUGGAGGGCCUGCCGAGGAUAUUCUGCUUCCUGGAAUUUGAACUUGGAAGCCAUUCUGAGAUUGCUGACCUAAAGGGGUGCUCCAGCUCUCACCCACCUCUGGUUCAACUGUAUCCUUCGAAUUGGCUGUAGAAGUUUAUUUUGCACGAAGCUCUUUGGAAUUGUUGGGUCUUCUGAAGGUGGAUGUGCUCAAAUAGUCUUGGAGUUCUUAAUGUGAAAUGUUAAGAGUUUGGUCGAGCAGGUGGCUCUGUUGUUCUGUCAUUUUUAACAGCGUGUAGAUUCUGUCCUAUCUAAAUAGUAUUUUGGGGUUUUUUUCCUGCUUAAAUUCACAUAAAAUUGUGAUGUUCCCACACCAUGUUCCAAAUUCCUGGGGUCGGCCUUGCUGAACUUUCCAUCCUGAUUAAGGUUCUGUGACCAUGUUCUGUGCGGGUUUUUGCUGGAGUGAGGAGUGUUUGACAAAGGUGUUUAUUUUAGUCGUCCUUGUCAUUCAUAGCAGUGGAUUCCCUGCAUGAGGCACUCAGAGGAAUGCUGGUCAAAUUUAGAAACAAAUAAUUUCUAUUCUAAGUUUGUGAGAGAACACUCUGAUUAACAUUCAGGUUCCCACUCUGAUCUGGUUGCGGGAGGGAGUAAAAUGAGCCUGACAGCAGAGCCUGAUGCAGCUGAUCCUCUGUGCCUGGUUGUGAAGUGCAGCUGGGGGGUUCUUGCUGCCUUUUUUGGACCUUGGAGAAGGUGCUCCAACCUGAAGGGGAGGUUGAGACUGUUUUGAACUCAAGUUUUGAACUCAAGCAGAAGAGACAGGAAGCUGAGGGCAAAACAAGUGAAAAUGAAGAAUUUAUAUAUUUUUAUCGCUGUCCUGUUCAUCCCAUGGAGCUUUUCUUUGGCAAAGUAUGAUGAAUUUGAGGAUGGAGAUGAUAUUAUGGAAUAUGAUGAUAAUGACUUUGCUGAAUUUGAAGAUGUGAGUGAAGAUACAGUCACAGAGUCUCCUCAGAGGAUCAUCACUACAGAAGAUGAUGAAGAAGAAGCCACUGUAGAGCUUGAAGGUCAGGAUGAAAAUCAGGAAGACUUUGAUGAUGCAGACACACAGGAAGGUGACACCGAGAGUGAGCCAUACGAUGAUGAGGAGUUUGAAGGGUAUGAAGAGAAACCAGAUGCAUCUCAUAGCAAAAAUAAAGACCCCAUAACAAUAGUUAAUGUCCCUGCUCACCUUCAAAACAGCUGGGAGAGUUAUUACAUGGAGAUCCUGAUGGUAACAGGUCUGCUGGCUUACAUCAUGAACUACAUCAUUGGGAAGAACAAAAACAACCGCCUGGCUCAUGCUUGGUUCAACACUCACAGGGAGCUGCUGGAAAGUAACUUUGCUCUUGUUGGGGAUGAUGGCACUAAUAAAGAAGCUACAAGCACUGGGAAACUAAAUCAAGAAAAUGAACACAUAUAUAACUUGUGGUGCUCUGGAAGGGUAUGCUGUGAAGGAAUGCUCAUCCAGUUAAAGUUUCUCAAGAGACAGGACCUGCUGAAUGUCCUGGCACGCAUGAUGAGGCCGGCGUCAGACCAAGUGCAAAUAAAAGUGACAAUGAAUGAUGAAGAUAUGGACACGUAUGUGUUUGCUGUUGGAACCAGAAAAGCACUGGUGAGACUUCAGAAAGAGAUGCAGGACCUGAGUGAGUUCUGCAGUGAUAAACCUAAGUCUGGUGCAAAAUACGGGCUUCCAGAUUCGCUGGCUAUCUUGUCAGAGAUGGGAGAGGUCACGGAGGGAAUGAUGGACGCUAAGAUGAUCCACUUCCUCACACACUACGCUGACAAGAUUGACUCUGUCCAAUUCUCGGACCAGUUCUCCGGUCCAAAACUUAUGCAAGAGGAGGGCCAGCUUACAAAACUGCCUGAAACUAAAAAGACACUUUUGUUUACAUUUAAUGUGCCUGGUUCAGGCAACACUUCCCCAAAGGACAUGGAGUCUUUGCUGCCUCUGAUGAGCAUGGUUAUCUACUCCAUUGACAAAGCAAAGAAGUUCCGCCUGAACAGAGAAGGUAAACAAAAAGCUGACAAGAACAGGGCUCGGGUGGAAGAGAACUUCCUCAAGCUGACUCAUGUGCAGAGACAGGAGGCUGCCCAGUCCCGCCGGGAGGAGAAGAAACGGGCGGAGAAGGAGCGAAUCAUGAACGAAGAGGAUCCUGAGAAACAGCGUCGGCUGGAGGUGAGGGGAUGUUCACGUUGGUACAGGCUGCUGGCAGAUCCCUCCUGGGAGAUCUCCAGGGCUGCCUGGAGGUAUAGUACCACUGGCAACUUUGAUUUCUGUUUGCUGCUCCUUUCUGAAACACAUGAAGGCUCCCAGUGAGCUGUGAACCCAGUGCUGGAGGGUUUUGUUGUUUGGUUCUGAAAUGAUCUGCUUGUUCCUUGAAGAGAUCGCCUGUGCUCAUUCGGAUCCCUGUCCUUGCCUACAGGAAGCUGCUCUGCGGCGUGAGCAGAAGAAGCUUGAGAAGAAGCAGAUGAAGAUGAAGCAAAUCAAAGUGAAAGCCAUGUGACUGUGCUGUGAGAAGUGUCUCGGUGCCACCUGUGGAACUGUAAUUCACAGGGUACAAAGACCUACGUGACUCCAUAAUCCUCUGACUCCUUGAACACUAGUAACCAUCAAGAGAAAAGUUCUUGCAUUGGUGUUACUUAUUUAAGUAUUACAGCAAAAUGUGUGGAGAGCUUUGUCUCGGCAGUUCUGUUCCAGGUGGUACAAAGUUUUGCUACUUGUCUGUUAAAAAAAAAAUUGCAAUAUUCUUGAAUGCUUUUUGUCAUUUGUUCUUUAAAAACAGAAGAUUGUAAACCUGUCCAUGUGUGCUGGUAACAUAUUCAUGCUUUGGUUUUAAAAUUUGAUUUUAGUUAUUGUGAGGGAAAGGGGAAAAACUUAGGGGGAGGCAGGCAAUCUGCACAAUAAACAUUUACUGUGUGCAUUUAUUUGCAUCCAGGCACAACACUUAGAGAUUUCCAUACACAGUAUGGAUUCUUCAGGGAUUUAAGCCCAGUAGAAUAGAAGUUCUAACAGAAGUAGAAGAUUUUUUUUAUCUUCUUUUUUUUUUUUUACAAAGGCCUGAGGCAGUAUUAGGUCACCUGUGGGCAUGAUUGGCUUAUGUGUAAAACAGAGAUGGUUAGAACCAAGGGAAUGGAAUACAUGGACAGUUUCCUACUUGUGUGUUUGGAUGCUGCAGACUUAACUCAAUGUGGAACCUGCGAAGUCAGCACAGUGUUCCUUCAGCAGUGAGUGCAGGGUGGGUUAGCAGUUCAGCCAGCUUUCCUUCAGUAUUUUUAACAGUUCAAGUUUGCCUCAACCCCUUCUCUCCUGAUCUCAGCAGCUGCUGCCCAGUUCACUUCAGCCAGGAGCCAGAUCUAGUGGAGUAGCUGCAAUUCCUGAUCUCCCCAAGCCAGAGGAUAUUGGUCCUCUUCAUCUGGUCAGCCAUCUCUUCAGGGUUUUGAAUCUAAAUGGGAAGAAUGAAGUGAAUGCCCUGUGCAAGCACUUCGCUGGGAGAGCUCUGCAUUUUAUAAAUGCUUCCUGUCCAGAAGGCAUUUUAUUGUUGCUUGUAACAGACUUUUAACAGUUUUGUGGGGAAACAACGUCCUGCAUUUUCUUGUUCCAAUACUUCAUGGAAACUUGGUUCUGAGGCAAUAAGAAUUAGCUGCUGUUGAAACAGCAAUUGCUUAAACUCCUUGUUCCAGCAUGGGAUACUUCACCCUGAUUGAAAUGCAAAUGUCUGUAACCUGAUACAUGCAAAUACAUUAAUUUUAUAAUGGUUGGUAAAAUUAUUUAAAACCAAAACUAAUGUAGAUUAUGUGAAAUUUUAGCACUAUUUAGCUUUAAAGAUUAAUAUGUUAUUGUUUCACAGAGUUCUUUGAAAGGAAAUACUAGUUUGUGCUCUUUUGAGUAAGUGGACAGCUUUCCUGAAGUCCCAUCCAGUUGUGGGCCAUGGCAGCUAAUUUUGUAAUACGAACAUUCAAAUGAACAAUCUAAUGAAGAGUAAAAUAUAAUUGAAACACUCCUGCUUUA